AUGAGUGCAACACAAGAAGUUACUAUGGACACCGACAGCAGCAGCAGCAGUGGAGCGCCGGAAGAGUGUCGUGCCGAAACUUCAAAGGACUCGACCGAAUCCCGUGGCAGUAAAAGGUCAUCCAAACGGAGCAAAAGCAGGUCGCGGUCGGACGGCAAGGACUCCAAGGUCGAAGAGAACCAGUGCGGCGUGUGCGGAAAGGUGUUGAGCUGCAGGAGUGCCGUGCGGAGGCACCUGCACACUCACAUCGGUAAGAAGGCGUACGCGUGCUCGGUGUGCGGCAGCAAGUUCAUUCGCAAGGAGAACAUGAAGCGCCACAAGCGCAUGCACACCGGCGAGCGGCCGUUCAGGUGCGACGUGUGCGGCCAGAACUUCACCCGCAACGGCGUCCUGGCGAACCACAUGCGCCGCCACACGGGAGAGAGGCCCUUCUCUUGCUCCCUGUGCCCGGCCACGUUCGCCAGCAGGUUCGCGAUGACGACGCACACGGCGAGCCACAAGCGCAAGGCACCCCACGAGUGCCUCAUGUGUGGCAUGAAGUUCGUCUCGGGGAAGAAGUUUGCCGGUCACGUGCGCAACCACUCGGUGAAGAGACCCUACGCGUGCCACCUGUGUCCCGCCGACUUCAUCCAGAGGUACCACCUGCGCGCCCACCUCAUCCAGCACACCGGCGAGAAGCCUCACCGGUGCAACAUGUGCGAGAGGGCCUUCUCGAGGCGUAUGUCCCUUGUGAAUCACAUGCGCGCCAAUCACAAUGCUGACAAACCUUGA